UGAGAAUCGGCGGAAUCAGCGGUGAGAUCGAGAAUGGACAAUGGAAGCCCGGAGGAGAGAAGCGUUACGGUUCUGUGCCGCAAGCUCAUCAUCUUCGGUAAGGAACCGGGCCUUCAGUGGCUGAUCGGAUCUCCCUUCUUCCCGCCACUCACCAUCGUCUCCACCAUCAGAUGUCUCCAUACUCUACCAGGCGAUCCGUUCUCCCCAGAAUACACCAAAGAAUCAGUUGAUCUAAGAACAUUAUUGCUGAGAGGGUUCGAUAUAAUCGGAGCUUUACUACCUGGAGAUAGUAAUUGGGAACAAAAUGCUGGUAAGGCAGCUGAUGCUGCUCGUAGGAUGAGAAAGUUCCUCUCAGGCGAUGAUCGAGGUAUUCGCGAUACGGUGGGAGCAGUUGCGGAUCCGACCACCGGUGACAUUCACUUUUUCGUCUCUGAACCCGAAAACUCUUCCAACCUAGGAGCCGUUACUACCGUUGUUUAUGAAGAAAACCCUCACAAGUAUAUAUGCGAAAGAGGUUGCCUCCUGCGGUGCGAGUUGGCUAUGAAUUUGCCUAUCUAUGUUCCUACGAACAGGGACUCUGCUGCCGAGAAGGUGUUGUCUUCAGCAACUGAAGCUGUUGCGGCUAAGCUCAGAGAUCCUGAGGUUGUAUUUAUACUGGAAGCAGUAAAUGAAAGCUCUGGGGGAGAAUCUCGGCCUGUCAUGCUUCGUGGCAUGGAAUUAGAUUAUCAGACGCAUCUUUCAGAUGUUCUUUUGAAGGGAGUUGUAAAAGAAUUGGAUGUCAAUGCCUUACCUUGUUCAUACUUUUGUUCAAAUAGUAAACCGGCUUUGUCAUUUUCUUCUGGGCAGAGUGCAGAUACAAUCCAAGUGAGUAUCCUGUGGAAUAAGUCAGGGAGUUCUCCAAAAGCUGUGGCACCUCUUGCCGAAUAUUUUCCUGCUUCAGAACCUGCAAGGCUUUUGGUUGUCAGCUUUAAGCUAGACAUCCUUUGCUAUGCUGCUAAGGAUCUUCCUGCUGUACAUGCUGUAUCGAAGUUGAUUGUGCCAGGAUUAGUUGACCAGUUAACUACGAUGGAGAAGACUCUUUAUUCUAAUCUCUUUACACAACAUCCUCAGCUACAACCGUAUCACUUCUGUCCUCCUGGGUUUGUGCAUCCGCUGACAGUUAUCUAUGAACUCAGUUAUGGGGAGACUGAGAUGGAACAAGUUGAUAUUAGAAGGUCCCUACAUUUAAGGCUGGGUUUACCCUUGGAUCGUCCUCUUCUUCUAAUUGCUAAUGCCAUCAAAUUUUCCAUUACUAAAGAUCAUGCAGGCAGCAACCCAACAAGAAAGGGUUCUGCUCUGCUUAAGGAUGUACAUACUGAAAUUCCUAGCAGCGGGGUUUCUGGAGGCAUUGUCUCUCUGGUUCAGGGUUCUUAUGAAUACUAUCACUACCUUCAAGAUGGGUUCGAUGACUCUGGAUGGGGAUGUGCUUACCGCUCUCUACAGACUAUAAUUUCAUGGUUUAAACUCCAGCACUAUACAUCCAUUGAAGUUCCUUCACACAGAGAAAUACAACAGGCACUUGUAGAGAUAGGUGACAAAGAGGCUUCCUUUGUUGGAUCGCGUGAAUGGAUUGGAGCCAUUGAAUUAAGCUUUGUUUUGGACAAACUUCUUGGUGUCAGCUGCAAAAUUAUGAAUGUGAGAUCAGGAUCAGAGCUUCCGGAGAAAUGUCGUGAACUGGCCAUGCAUUUUGAGAACCAAGGAACCCCAGUCAUGAUUGGUGGCGGUGUUCUUGCAUACACCCUACUGGGAGUUGACUACAAUGAGACAAGUGGUGAUUGUGCAUUCCUUAUACUGGAUCCUCACUACACGGGUAAUGAUGAGCUAAAAAAGAUUGUGAAUGGUGGGUGGUGUGGGUGGAAAAAGGCUGUUGAUAGCAAGGGUAAGAAUUUCUUCUUGCAUGACAAGUUCUAUAAUCUUUUGCUUCCUCAAAGGCCCAACAUGGUAUGAAUCAAUGUAGGAUGAGCUUGUGACAGAAUAUGUAGGGAAAGCGAUAAUUGUCAGCUCUAGGUCAGCUGGAUCUUCUACAUGCUACUGGUGAAUAUUAUGUUGUAAAUUUUGCUUAUGCCACUUCUUAGAGGGUUUUU